GGAUGCGGUUUGUUGGUUGUGUUUGGGUCUAUGAUAUAUAAGGACAGUGAAUGGUAGUUUGACGUGUAUUACGUGGUAGAGCCGGAUGAGAGUAAGCUUUAUCCAGAUCUGUUGGACGUACGUGACUGGACUGGAGGUGUGAGCAACUGAUCCAGGGCCGGAUCACAUGGCUUUGGCGGGGUGACUGCUAUCUACGGCUGAAGCUCAGGGUCCAAAGGCCGCUGAGCUGCGGCGGGGUCAUGGCACGGUGGGCUGGCGUAGGCGCGGUACUCAGCGCUGUUGAUGUUCAAGUUCUUCUGAAUGAGCCUGUCGCACUAGAUGACUGUUUGUCUAUAGGUUUUUACGUCUUGACAGCCGAGCAAGAUGCACAGGCGAUCACUAGAGAGGGCGCACGGCCCAGUCGCUUGUCGGAGCUGUCAAGUCAUGGCAGCCUGAGUGUAGCUCCGGCUCGGUGACAGCGCUGUGGGGCCGGAUCUGGGCCGGAUCUAGAAUCACUGUUGAUGACGUAGCGACUACGAC